AUGAGUGACACAGGACGUAUUCAAUGGUAUCGUCGAGAGACUUCUAACUACAAAAGAGAAGCAUGGACGCCCUAUUCAGAUAUUGAAAAUGAUAUAAUUGAAGAUGCUCAUAUGAAACACGGUUCACAAGUUGAAUUAGAUGACUAUUCUAUUGAAUUAAAGCGUGCCAUACAGAUAAGCAAAGAGGACAAAUCAAAUGAAACAGCAAUAAAACGUUUAACAAAUAUUCCACAUUGUCAACAACUACGUCAAGAGCGUUUCUUUUCAUCAGAGCCGAUGACGAUAAACGUUAAAACUUUUAGUGAACAAGGCUACGGUUCAAAAUUUAUUCGUCAAUGGUUAUACAUUAAUAAUAUAGCAUUCUAUGAUCUAAUUACAAAUGAAUCAAUAGCCGGAAGGGUUGCACAGGUGGCAGUCUGGGGAAUACUAACGGAGGCAGCUAAGCUGGGUAGAAGAAUAGAAGCACGAUGGAUGUGUAAUUCUUUAGAAAAUGCUAUUGGAAAGUCAACAACUGAAAUUGGGCAAUGUUGUGUGCACCUGUAUACACGUGAUAGUUUUCUCUAUCGACUUGUUAACAGAACAUUACUCGACGGCGGAAAUCGUACUAAACGUGAUACACUAGCACCAUACUGCGCACUCCUAGCUGCGUAUCUGCGGAGAUGCUGUUUAAUUAAAGACACUAUUUUCUCUCAGCUAAAUGAUACAUCUUCUUCAUCGUCAUCGUCAGUAGUAGUUUAUCGCGGAGCUGAUCUUAGUCCUGAACAAACUGAAGCAUAUAAAAAUGGUAUUGGUAAACGUUUUUCAUGGCCAUCAUUUUCUUCGACAAGUAAACGUCGUGAGGCAGCUGAAUUAUUUGGGAAUACUCUAUUUGUAAUUAAUCUCAAAUCUAUCUCAAUAAAAACGAAUGACUGUAUGGCUGAUAUUCAACAGUACUCACAGUUUCCAGAAGAAGAAGAGACACUUUUAGCAGCCGGAAUUAAUUUUAAAAUUUGGUCAGCUGAGCAUAAUUUAAAUGGAAAAUUUAUAAUAAAAGUCAGUGUUGGACGACUCUUAUCAGAUAUAGAUUUGGAUGAUGACGAAAAAUGUGAUGAUACAUCAUUAUAG